GGAGGCAAGACAGACUGAUUUCCUGAUACAGUAAAAUACCAGGGUGAUAAUUGCCUCCCCUAUUGGUAAAUUUGCCAAUAUUUUUUGUUUUGUUUGUUUUGGUUCUAUGGAAACAUUAAAAGUAAUGACACAAUGGAAAGUGAGAGAGACUCCCCGUCGCUAGAAGAGACUCCUCAACCAUGGCGUCUGCGCGUGGCGGCGCUCGUGUUGGACGCCCUCGAAGAAAUGUACUUCUCGGGCCGCCACACGGACAUCGAGAUUCUCGUGCAAGAUCGCUCCUUUCACUGCCAUCGCGUCGUUCUGGCGGCGGUUUCGAGGUACUUUGACGCCAUGUUUGCUUCCGGAAUGCGAGAGUGUAAGGACGGUUUGGUCCGGUUACAGGAUAUCGAGUACAACACUUUCGUCGAUAUUCUUGACUUCGUGUACUCCGGAAAGCUCAACAUUUGCGAGGAGAACGCCGAGGAGCUUCUACGGGCGGCGACGCUAUUUCAGAUCGCGCCGCUGCACCAGAAGUGUCAGGACUUUCUCUUAGAUCACGUUACCAUUGAAAACUGUAUCGGCGCCUGGCGGCUCGCCAAGUCACACGAGUGUACCGAGCUAGCGAAGAAAUCGUGGUACAUGAUCCUGGAAUGCUUCGCGGAAGUCUGCCUGACGGACGACUUUAAAUACCUGGACGCCGAUGAGAUGUUUCACAUCAUAAACGACGACGAUUUGCACGUUUUGAACGAGGAGAUUGUGUGCGAUGCGGUGUUUCGUUGGUACCGUUAUGACUCAGAAAACCGCAUGGACCAUGCUUCGAGACUGUUCGAAUAUUUACGGCUUCCGUUACUUAGUUCCGAGUACCUCUUGACGGAAGUAGAGCCCAUGGAACUCGUUGUAAAGAGUCAGAAAUGCAGGGAGAUUGUAAAGGAAGCGAUCAGCUACCAUAUGCUGCCCUCCAGGCGGCCGGAUUUCAACUCCCCGCGGGUGACCUUCCGGCGGUACGCCGAUAUGGAAGAAGUGCUCGUUCUAAUCGGCGGGUACAACGCCACAAACGAGAAGGUUACGGACGUGCUUGCGUACAGCUUCGCGAGAAAAACCUGGUUCAAAAUCACUCCGCUGCCUUGGCCAUUGGGUCGGGAAUUUAAUUCGACCGUGUACGGAAAUGACAUCUACGUGUCCGGCGGCUCUCAAAAGUUGGACGCCCUAAUGCACUACCGCUCGGACACGAACGAGUGGCAACGCUGCCCCAACAUGUUAAAAGGGAGGCGGCGACACGCCAUGGUGGCGGUCCGGGACUCUCUAUUCGUUCUCGGCGGUUACGACGACAAUCUACCAGAAGAGGCCAACAGAACGCUUAGCGACAUCAGCGAGUAUACAAUCAGUUCGCGCAUAUGGAGCCAGUGCGGGAAGCUCCUCACGCCCGUUCGUUCAACGACGGCGGCUGUCAGCAAGGAAAAGAUCUUCGUCUUCGGCGGCCUGCUAGCGGACGAGAAGGAAACUAAUAUAGUGCAGUACUUCGACACGCGGCUGCGCACGAGCAGUCGAGUGGACGACCUCCCAUACCCGUGCAAGAUGAGCCGAGCCGUCGUCUGCGACAAGCGCGUUUUUAUCGUCUGCACCGACGGAAACAUUCUGACGCUCACGGACGAUUUCGUGUGCAAGCGCGCCGCUAAGAUUCGCCAUUUCAAUCGCCGUCGUUUCGGCGCUAUACAUUAUAAAGGGAACAUCCUGAUAACGGGUGGCGAAAGUGGAUCCGCUUUGCACACGGACAUCUUUACGUUCAAUCCCGACGUCGAGAAAUGCGAGGUGAUAGCCACGAAAAAUGUUCCCUCGAGGGCCAACUUUGCUUGCCUUAAGCUAGUUAUUCACAAAAAGUUCUUGAAGUUUGAUGUCUCCUUCGACCAGUCUUGACCUUAUAUAUAUAUUGUAAACCAGCUGUCGCUUCUUACGUCAGCUUCUAUUCUUAUACUGACUCAUGUGUAUUCCCGUAUAAAGCUCGAUUAAUGCAUGUUUGGCAUGUAACCAAACAGUAUUCAGGGUGCAGAAUCAACGGGGUUCAAAGGGGUUAACACACGGGCUGGACAGAAUGUAAACACACCAUUAAUAACUUAAUUUUGCAAAUAUCUCAAGUUAUUGAAAUACAGUUGCACAAAUCUUUAGCGCUUAAAAGACAGUUUUUCUUGAAGUUUUUGCCGAAAUCUUCCGAUUAAAAAAUAAAUCAUUGAAAACGUCUGCAAUCGGUGCAAAAAAAAUCACGUUGCGUGCAGCACUACCGUGGACAUGAUUGCGUUUCACAUUGAAGUUUUGGCAAAGAUUUCGUGCCUUUUAAAUAAAGUAAUUAUGAUGUAUUUCACAUUGCCAUAAGCAAUAUACAAACUGUCUUUUAUGCACUUACUGAAAUUCUCAACAAACUUAAUUGUUUAAAAGUUAUUUGAAGAAAAGCACCACAUACAGUUGUAUCUACAUCCAUUAACAUUCAAUUGUGAACCCCACAAAGUCACGUGAUCCUGCAUCCUGGUAUUAUGCCGUACUAAUCUUCUACAAAUUCAAUCACGAAUGGUGUGCUCAACCGUAUACUAGUCAUAUUGCAUGGUCGUAUGGUAUAUUGUUGUUUUUUCAAAUGUUCGCAUGGUGAAAUUAACUUUUCAAUGUUGGAAAAACCCAUGUUAGACCUAACUCAUGGUGGCAUGGUAAUUAAAAAAAAUUCUUCCGGCUCAAUGAAUAUCAAAUUGCCCUACGGGGAACAUUAAUUUCGAAUGGUAGUAUGUUAAACUUAAUUUUCAAAUGUUCGUUCGUGAAAUUUUCAUGUGGUUGUUUUGAAAGGUUUAUUUCAAAUGGUCGUAUGUUCAAUUUUUGAAGUGUAUUUUCAAACGAUCGUUUGAUAAACCUCAUUUCAAGAUUGUCGUUUGUUAAAUUUUGUUUUCAAAUGGUUAUAUGGUGAACUUUAUUUUCCAAUUUUCGCGGAAUCAACUUUAUUUAUUUCAAAUGAUCGUAUGAUAAACUUUAUUUUCGUAAAUAAAGAAUUUCGAGCA